AUGAAGGACCAUGAAGUGAGGCACAAAGUUAUUGGUACGGAAUUGUUUCUUGCUAUGCAUUUAAGUUUGAUUCUUGCUGUUAUGAAAUCGAUUUUUUGUUGGAUUUCCCCUGUUCUUGCUGUACAAAAUCCAGCAACGUGUAAUAUUUUACACACAGAGCUCCAUAAUCAUCUGCAAGUGGUUGAUGAUAGUGGAAGAGAAGAGGCUGUUGAGUCUGGAAGAAAAGUGGCUUGUGUUGUUCUUCAAGUCCUUUUUCAUGAACAAGUUAGAGUGUUACAAAAGUCUCCAGAAUGGCCAGAAAUAUUUAAAACAGUGAUAGUGGACACCUCUAAUGGAAAGUCUGAGAAAAGCACACAGGAAAAUGAGGAGUUGGAGUCUAGUGAAGAUGAUGGGAUGCCCCCAUUGGAAGCCAACACAAACAGAAGACCUGCAGAAUUACGCUCAGAUACAGAGUCUGAUUCUGAGAUAGAAGAUUCAUAA